CCCGGCGCUCGCCGGCACUUCCGGCGCGGUCCGCCUCGACCGGUCUCCCGCGGAGCUGAUUAAGCGCGGACGCCGAGCCCAGCCCGCCUCUGAGCGCCUGCUGCGGGCGUGGCGACGCCAUGGAGCGUUUUGAUAAAGCGGCGCUGAACGCGCUGCAGCCGUGCGACUUCAGAAAUGAAAGUUCAUUAGCAUCCACUCUGAAGACGCUCCUGUUCUUCACAGCUUUAAUGAUCACUGUACCUAUUGGGUUAUAUUUCACGACUAAAUCUUAUGUUUUUGAAGGCGCCUUUGGGAUGUCCAAUAGGGACAGCUAUUUUUAUGCUGCUAUUGUUGCAGUGGUCGCCGUCCACGUGGUGCUGGCCCUCUUUGUUUAUGUGGCCUGGAAUGAAGGCUCACGGCAGUGGCGUGAAGGCAAACAGGAUUAAAGUGAACAUCACCUUUUGAUAGCAUUAAAUUGAUUUUUUUUAAAUGGUAAAUGCGUCUGGGGUAUUGAUGAUUUUAAUAAAGUUGAAAGAACAUGUUAAAAUCAAUCUUAUGGAAUCACGUUUGACUAGUGUAAAUUUUGAUCCUUCUAAAACAAUGGUUUGUAUCAUCAGUUUUAACUGUAUGAGCCUCUCAUUUGCAAAUGAGAAUUUGGAAAAGUUAAAUUGGUUACAAAUAAGUAUGUGAAAUUAGUUACACAUUAUUCUGGGAAGGAUUUGAUUAUCUUACAACAAAACAAUAUUUUAUAGCAUUUCGUCUUUUGGUUGGCUUUGAGUUUUACUCCUCUGGAUAUAUUCAGAUGUACAUAGUGGAGCAAAUCUAAACUUUAUUUUUCGCUGGAACACUUUUCCUAAGUAUCAUGAAAAUACCAGAUCAUUGGAUUUUGGGUUGUAAAUGCGUAUUGGAAAUUGCUUAAAUUGUGGACACUGGAAUUAAUCUGAAUGUCACUGAGAAAUUUUGCAUAAAGUGUAAUCCCUCGUCAGUAGAAAUCUUUCAUUACAUUAUUUCAUGGGGAAACUAGGCUGAAUCACACCCAUUCAUGUAAAAGGACUGGGUUUAUUGGAGAAUGCAGACAGCAAAGCCAAGAGAGCUACCUGCCUAGGCACCCAGCCUACUCCCUAAAGGCCCCUUGCAGGCCAGCCUCCUGCUUUCAGACAAACUCUGUAACAAUCUGCUUUGCUCUGGUCAUUCAACAAUGAACUUACGCUUUAAUUACAAGGUUGUGUAAACUCCCUUUAAAUUUCUUUUUCCUACUUUUUAAUAAUGUAUAUGAAUGAAUUUACGUUUAAACGUGUUCAUUUUUGCAUACUUAGGGAGUGUAAACAAUCCUGAAAAUAGAUUAUUUUUAUCAUCCAGGAAGUAUUCUUGGAAUUUCUAGUCUAGUCUUUUAAAUCAGUGCCGUUAUAUCCCAGAUACAUCGAUAGAUAAUGUAUCUAAGUUAGAUAAUCCUUGAGGUCCUUUCUGAUAGAAAAAGACCCUGUGGUUUUACUUUCGUAUCCUUGGUCUGUGUUCUUUCUAGCCACUUGGUACUUACUUGUGUGCAAUCUAAAAACACACCCCAAAAAAGUGCAUAUUAAAACAGAAGAAAAUUUAAAUUCCCUGUAAUGUUGCCACCUGGAGAUAUCCACU